UGCGGCCAUGAUGACUUCAUCUUGUAGCCAAUUUGAUUUCUAAUCCAUGCUUGACUCUGGACGCUGUCGUGCCGAAGUCAGGUGUGGAUUUUGUUUCGUGAGGCCUUUCGUUCCGGUAAACCGGAAAGAUGGCUCUUUUGUGCCAAGCAAUGCCCGGAAAUGAGCGAAAGAUUCAGAGCGAUGGAAGGGAGCCGACUGAGUCAAAGGCCCAGAGGCCAAGGGAGGAGCCAGCAGAGUCGCCCAAGACCCCGCCUCAGGUGGAGGAUGUCAUACAACCAGUUUCUACUCAGGUCUCGUUUCCGCUCAUGUUUGGAUCUGUGAAUCCUUUUAACACCACAUCCCAACUUCAUACCAUUCUUCUAAAACAGCUCACCAUGGAGAAGCGGAAGCUACUGGCUAUGCAGCUUCAUCUCCACAUGCCUGAACACAGGCCCAUUGACUCACCCCAACAAGAGAGUUCAGAGAGACAGCAGUUAUGGCUCCGUGACAGUGUCCCCUGCAGUGUCACUAAGGAUGCCGCACAGCUGGUGCCACCAAGCUACUGGCCUGUUCCGAACUCCCACUUUGUUCCAGAACUUGUUCCCAGCAUUGACUGCUACAAGUACCACAACAUUCGGCCACCUUACACCUAUGCUUCCCUAAUCAGAUGGGCAAUUCUGGAUUCCCCAGAGAAGCAGCUGACUUUGAAUGAAAUCUAUCAUUGGUUCACCAAAAUGUUCUACUACUUCCGGCACAACACGGCUACAUGGAAGAAUGCUGUCCGUCAUAACCUCAGCCUCCAUAAGUGUUUUGUACGUGUGGAAGGAGGAAAGGGAGCAGUCUGGACAGUGGAUGAAACUGAAUUUCAGAGGCGAAAGGGGCAGAAAUUUAACCGAGCUCUGCCCUACUCACUCUGCCCUCAGGGGUCCUGAACUGCACCUCAAGUGGUUUAAACAAGCCGAACCCUCAUAUUGGGAGAGUUUCACUAGACUAGUUCUUCCUGUUUCCUUCAUGUCAUUUUCUUAUUAUCUUUUUAGUGGAUAGCUACUCGACUGGUUUUCUCUCAUUUUCUUCAGAUGUUGCUCAUAUAGAUGGUGAUUAUUUUUUAAAACAAAAGAAACAAUCAAAAUAUGACCUGUGGCUGGAUUAAUCAAUUAGUUGAAUAAUGAAUUGAAUAAUCUGCUAAACUUUUGUAUUGAAAUUGAUUAAACUGUGUCCUGUCAUGUUCGGAAGGAGGAGCAACCCAGGUGCGGCCGCGGACCAGAUUUAAAUCACUUUUAUUUGGACAAAAAAAAGAACCAGGAACAAAACAGGACCACAAAGGGUCUAACUGGGAACUGGGGGAUACCUAAAGGCAGAGGAAGACACAGGCAGCCACAUGGAGUUACAGGGUCAAAUAAGCAGGGAUCAUGCAGGAACUGACACAGGCAGCCACAUGAGUAACGACAAUGACCAGACUGGGACUGACGAGACAUCCAGGCACUAUUAUACAAGAUAAACAAGGGUACGAUGAGCAAUAGGCAUGGCCCAUUAGGGCCACAUCAGGGAGGAGAUGAGAGGUUCAGGCAGACACAUGUUGCGCAGCACAUGACAGUAACCCCCCACCCCCUCCCCCUUGGAGCAUGCACUUCAGACACGGAGGAUGAACAGGGACAGGGACCGAGGGGACCAGACACCAGGGCAAACACACAGGCCCGGGGACAGAUGGAACACCUGAUAGGACAGGGCAUGGCCGGACCGACAGCACACAGGACAGACACCAAAUGGGACCAGGAAUUGGACAGAAGAGACAGAUACUGUACAACACUAGAGGGAUAGGGCCACAGGACAGGACACAUGGCACGGCUAGGGGCACGGAACGGGCAGGGACAGGACCAGGGGCCAGAACGGCUCCAGGACAGGGCGGACAGGCAAAGUGACAGGAACAGAGACAUGGGAGGACACAGACCAGGGAUAAACGGAGGCACAAGAGGGUGCUGGGACAGGGGGCUUAAUUGGGCCCAGAUGAAGCGGGAAACGUCCAAGGACCCCUCGGAGUUGGGGAAAGCAGGGUGAAGGGCGAGGGGUGGCAGCUGCUGGCAAGGUAGGGAUUGACGGGACAGUGGGACCGGUGGGCUCCGACGAGGCAGCAGGAUCACCAGGAGGAGUGUAGGGCACUGAGGGGCCUAAAGGGCCAGAGGUGGAGUGGGCUGUGGGUACUGCCUCCUAAGAAGGGGAACCUAGGUGGCCGGGGCUGGUUUUGUGUCCCUGCCUCCCUCUCUGAGGAACAGGAUCCAGAGGGUCCCACUGCAAGUCCUCAGGCAGGGCAUCCUCAAAGUCCAUGCAGUCUAGCCAGGCAGCAACCGGGGAGUCAGGAUCCAGUGCAGCGAGGAGGUUGGGGCGUCGGGAGCCAAUGACAUGGUGGACUUGGUAAGGAAGGCACCCACCUUGCAGCUAUGGAUGAGGACGGCGCCGUCGAGGCACCAACAGGCAUGGAGGAUGCUGACAGGACAGCAGGAGACGAGGCAGACAGGAUGGCAGGAGAUGAAGAGGAGGCAACAACUGGCAAGACACAAUGUCUGGACCAGACAUGGACAUCACUUGGGACGGUGAUAUGGUAUCACCUGGGCCAGGAGUGGGUGUUGCAGAAGCAGCUUCCCUGGGGCCAUGGACUGGGGUUUGAUCCAGAUUUCAACAGCACCGGUGAGGCUGUGACCAGGUAGCCAGAAGACUCCCCUGAGCCUGGCGCUGGAGAAGUGGGCUCCUCUGGGCCUGGAGCAGGCAAAGUGGCCCUCUUGGGUCAGAAACCAGGGUUUCAGGCGGAGUGGCCCUCUCUGGGCCAGGAGCUAGGGAUACGGGCGGACUGGUUAUUUCUGGACCUGGAGCCAGAGACACAGGCAAGGCGGCCGCCUCUGAGCCAGGAAUGGGACUGUGGCAGGUGGGGCAGUGUGCUCUGGAGGUGCUGCAGAGAUGAGGACAGACCCUGGAGGCACAUCAGUGGUGAGGAUGGGCUUUGGAGGUGCAUUAGAGGUGAAGAUGGGCUCUAGAGGCACAGCAGUAAAGCGUUGCUUGGGACGGCCACGCGAUGAGCAGCAAAGUGCUGCAGAGAUGAGGAUGUGCUCUGAAGAUGCAGCAGCAAAGUGCUGAGGGGUGCUGGCCUCUUCAAGGCCUAGGACUUGAGACUCUGGUGGAAACAUUUAUUUAUUUUGAGCUAGGCUUUGUACCACACGCCCUGCCAUGUUGUCCUUGUAGUGAGCCCAUCUGGGUGGACCUCCUCCUUUUGCCAGGGGUCCAGACAUGCAAGGGAUCCGGUGUACCGCGUUCCUGCAGGACUUCAGAGUCAUACGAGAGCCUCCCCAGCGGUUGGGGAAAACACCAAGGACUGGCCAGGGGGAGCAGACAGACAGGCACAUCAUGAAAAGCUCUCUGGGAAGCCAUUGGGCCGUUUGGGCAGUCUGGUUAUUCUGUCACAUUUAGGGAGAGGUACAACCCAGGUGCUGCCAUAGAGCAUGUAUAAAAAGGUUUUAUUUGGACAAACAAAACAGAACAAGGAACAAAACAGGACCACACGGAGUCUAACGGGGAACUGGGCAUAAAUAAAGGCAGAGGAAGACACAGAUCGAACACAAGGAAGUGCAGGGCCAGAUAAGCAGAGAUCAUGCAGACACUGAUACGGGCAGCAACAUGGGUAAUGACAAUGACUGGACUGCAGCUGACGAAAAAGACAGGCACUCUUACACAAGAUUAAUGGGUACAACAAGCAAGGGAUGGGCAAACACACGACAAGCAGAACAUGACAUGUCCUAUGAGCCUCCUCCUGAAAAAUCUUAAUACAUUCAACACAUUUGAUGCUAAUGUAGCAAAUAUUUAAUCUAUUUAGUAUUACAAUCACUCCCAAUUUAGCGAUUGAGUUCUGUAACAAAGACCAGAUUGAUAAAUAAAAUAGUCCACCUCGUGGAUAUUUUUAACGACAUUCUACUUCAAAGAUCUCUUCGGAAAUUCGGUAACAAAUGUACACAUUGUCAGAAUAUUUUUUAUUACCAUCAUAUUUGUAAAUGAUAGCUAACUGAGGCAGUCGCUAAAUGGGGAGUGGUGGCAUUCUGAAUAACAGUUACGCCCGUUACGGUGGCGGUUGAUAAGUGAGUUACACUGUAGCCUCACAGCUCCCGUAUUGGGGGUUUUGAUCCUGCUGCUGGUCGGUGUGUGAAGUUUGCAUGUACUGCCUGUGUUGUGCAGGUUUCUUCCUCUAGACCAGCAACAUGCGGUUAUCUGCCUUGUGCCCUAUACUUGCUGGGAUGGGCCCUGUGACAAUGCAUUAUGUAAUAAUGCUGCAUUAUGAAAUAACUCCACAGAAUGUAACAAAUUAAAUGAUGAUAAUAAUAAUAAUAAUAAUAAUAGGGUAAUGUUGCAAUAUAAAAUUAGAAUAUAGUCUAUAAAUUUGUAACAUUUUGUUACAAAAUGCGAUAUUAUUACAUAAUGCAUUGUAAUAGGACCCAAGGUUACAGUGACACGGUAAAGCAAAUCGGUUACGGAAUAUGGCCUUUACAUUUCCUGUUGAUUUGAUUUUGUAAUUAGACAAUUCAGGCAAGCUCACUUGGGUAAUGCCAAGAAUUUUAAAUGAUCUUAUUUUACACCCAUUGUAAUGGGUUUGUUGAAGAUGUACUUCCUGCAUUGAGUGCAUAUUGCACUGGUCUUACUGUCACCACAGGUCAGCUCUCGUGUUGCCCGUUUUCUUCUGGCACCUGCCCCUCCUGAAGUGAAUCUGAAAGAGGGCCUGGGUGCCUCAACUUGAACUCUCACAAUACUGAAAGGAGUGCCCAGGACUUCUCCAAAUUAUCUGGUCUCAUGUCUGGAUCUGGGGACCAACAAGUUUCUCAAGGAAUAUUUGGCAGUGAUGCAAUUUUCCAAACUACUGGUUUACAUCACUCCAAUAGACAUAAACACAAUAAUUAUUGAAACACAACAGCAUUGUCAAAAAUCAACAGAAACCAAUGAGCAGUCAUUUCUGAACUGCUAGUGGAAUUGGGUGAUAUAUAGUUAAAAUACUGUAUUGUUAUUGUCAAGAUUCAUAUCCUCAUCAGUUUGAAUAUUUUGAGUAUUAUGACAUAUCCUAAACACAUGUUCUCUUGCAUAAUUUAACAGUUAUAAUGCACUAUUUCUUACACAAAUUCUAUUAAGGUAUGAGUGUUUUUGGCGUAAUUUAUCAUUAUAUCUAUCACAUCCUCCAUAUCUACAAAGAAACAGUUUGGUCAUCAUAAUCAGAUACUCAAAACACUGAUGUGGUGAAAAUCUCUGAAAAUAUCGCCCAGCCCUAAUUGCUACUAACUCAUCAGAGUUAUUGACUUACUACAGUCCCUUUGGUUCAACAGUAGUUUAGCCCACAGUCCAAAUUUAGAAACUUAUUAGAGAAGUUUAGAUUUUUUGGGGGGUGCUCCCCCAAAUGAUAUUCUGGGAUAUACCUGUACAUUCUGCACAUAGCUAGACUGCCGAUCACAUGCUGCCUAAAAACUGAUGCCAUUCAGACUUGUUUGGCAGAGACAGCCAGAGCAACAACAUCGUCUGAAUGAAAGAAGCCAUUUUUUCCUGUAUACCUCUGAUCACAGCCACAACAAACAAACACAGUUAUCAUAAUAAAUCUCCCUAGAGAUGUCAAGUAUUCCAGUUACUUGGUUUUUGGAAAACGUUUGAUCUUUUACAAGUUGCUUGUUCAUUUUUAUUUGUACCUUUUAUGUUAUAUUAGCCUAUAAAUGUAUAUGAUUUUGUCUGAUCAAGUUGGUCAUGCUCAGUAUAACAAAAUAUUGUUUGUAUUAAAGUUUUUCUGAGUUGCUUUGGACAGUAUCUGUAAACAGACUUAAGGUUCUCCCAACUGCUUGUGCAUUUCUCAAAACAGUUUGUACACCACAGCACAGCAAAUUUGAAUAACCAGCAAAAUGAAAUUAUUCAUUAAUAAUUAAUUUCAUUCAUGUUUCAAAAUGCAGUUUUCUUGUCAGCCAUUUAGUCAAUGCAAAUGUGAAAUCAAUGAAUCAUUGCCUAGAGAUAUAUCAGUAAAAAUGUUUAGUCAUGUUGUCAACAUAAAAAUUUACUAUGGAAGUAUUUCACAUAUUAAAGUUAUCAAUUGAGGCUCGA